UUAGAGUUCUUCUGAUUUGCUUUCUGGCUGGCUUCAGCACUGGUAAGACUGACUAUUCAAUUAUAGAUUUCCUUACAUUGCUGCAUGUUUCGUAAAGCACAAUAUUCAGUGAGUGUGGAGAGACCAUGUCCAAUGGAAACAGUCACUUUCACCUGCACUGCUCCUGGAGAUUCCUUGAGAUGGUCACCAUCAGAUGUUACUAGCAUCACUAUCCUCUCCUCCUUGGGUCUCAAUGUACCACUAAUGCAGUCAGAUUACACUGUGACACUGAUUGCAUUCAAUGACACUACAUUAACAUCUACUCUGUCAAGAACAGCAGAGAAUGGGAUCACUGUGUCCUGUGUUGAGCUUAGUAUACCUACUCUGACCACUAUAGGAUCUUCAACAAUCCGAUUGGUUGAUCCACCAGGAUCACCUUCCACAAUAAGAUACUCCAUUCUGAGCAGCUCAGCUAAUGAAGUCAGCGUAUCUGUGCAGUGGGACCCUCCAACUGAGAUUGGUGGUAGAGAUGACCUCACCUACACAGUGACCGUCUCACCUCCGGCCCAGCUCUCUGCUACUGUCCUCACAUCCACCUCUGUCACUGUGACUGCUCAAUACGAUGUGGACUACACUGUAAGUGUUAUGGCUACCAAUUGUGCUGGGAACAGUACAACUGCUGACUACAACUUUAGGAUUGGUAAAUGUCCUGUGUUGACCAACCCCAUGAAUGGAGCCUUUGGACCAGUCUCCAGCAGAUUAUCAGGAUCCACAGUAAUCAUCCAGUGUGACACUGGGUAUGUAUCUGCUGUUACAAUGGUGACAUGUGAGGGUACACUAAUGUGGAGUCCAGACCCUGAGGCUAUUGAGUGUACAUUACUAACCACACCUACUCCCACAACUCCUCCUCCAAUAAACUGCACAGCUUCACUACCCUCACCACGGAAUAGCAUUAUCAGUGAUCAUUCAGUACCAGCUUUUCCCGGUACACAAGUUACCCUCCAGUGCGACGAUGAACUGUUCCCUGAGGGAAUAAUGACUGCUACCUGUCUAGCUACAGGAAAGUGGGACGAGGAGAUCGUCUGCAGAGGCAAGUGUAUUCAUUACUUGAAUAUACACUUGUAA